GCUUCGGCCCUCCCCACCGUCCCCCAGAUGUAUUAUGCGGUUUCCCAGGCGCGCGUGAACGUGGCCCCUGCGACCAUGCUGCGGCCACAGCGGCCGGGAGACGUGCAGCUCGGGGCCUCCCUCUAUGAGCUCGUGGGCUACCGGCAGCCGCCCUCCUCCUCCUCUUCCGCCACUUCCUCCUCCUCCUCCACGACGGCCCCCCUUCUCCCCAAGGCGGCGCGCGAGAAGCCGGAGGCUCCCGCCGAGCCGCCGGGCACGGGAUCCGGGCCGGGCGCGCACGCGGGCGGCGGCUCCCGGGCAGACGCCAAGGAGGAGCAGCAACAGCAGCUGCGGCGCAAGAUCAACAGCCGAGAGCGGAAGCGCAUGCAGGACCUGAACCUGGCCAUGGACGCGCUGCGCGAGGUCAUCCUGCCCUACUCGGCGGCGCACUGCCAGGGUGCACCGGGCCGCAAGCUCUCCAAGAUCGCCACGCUGCUGCUCGCCCGCAACUACAUCCUGCUGCUGGGCAGUUCGCUGCAGGAGCUGCGCCGCGCGCUCGGCGAGGGUGCGGGACCCGCUGCACCGCGCCUGCUGCUGGCCGGCCUGCCUCUGCUCGCCGCAGCUCCGGGCUCGGUGCUGCUGGCGCCCGGCGCCGUGGGGCCGCCCGACGCGCUGCGCCCGGCCAAGUACCUGUCGCUGGCGCUCGAUGAGCCGCCGUGCGGCCAGUUCGCGCUCCCCGGCGGCGGCCCGGGCGGCGGCGCGGGCAGCCCCGGCCUUUGCACCUGCGCCGUCUGCAAGUUCCCGCACCUCGUCCCGGCAGGCCUGGGCCUGGCCGCGGUGCAGGCGCAGUUCUCCAAGUGA